AUGUUCGACUUCAUCAGGAAUCGCUGGCAGGACCUUCGCGAUGAGCAUCCGCGUCUGGAUGCAGUUGCCUCAAAGGUCUGGAUGCUGGUUCCGCCCAUCAACUUCAUCACCAUCCAUUACGCCUACUUCAUCUUCGGCUCACUCAUAUUCUCUGCCAUCUUCUGGGGGUCGAGCCAACCAUCUCAAAGCAUUCCCUAUAUCGAUUGCCUAUUUCUAGUUGUAUCAGCCUUUUGCGACACGGGAUUAAAUACAGUCAAUCUCUCCGAACUCACAACAUGGCAGCAGGUUCUGCUAUACAUUCUAUUCGUCAUUGGAAGCGCUAUUUGGGUUUCGUUCUGGACUGUCAUGGCCCGAAAGCAUGCCUUUGAAAAACGGUUCGAGGACAUUGUGAGGACAGAGCGAGAGGCGAGGAAACGACGCGCUGCCUUGAGGCGCUCCAAACCUCUUGGGAGGUUCCUUACGUUCGACAAGUCCAAAACAACACCUGCAUCUACAGAAGCCUCUACUACUCUACCAGGUCUAGGCACUAAACAAAAAGACAUGACUGAGAAAAAUGACACCAAUAACAACGACCUAUUCACUACGACUAAACCCAUACGACGAGCAGUAACUGCGCCUCAUGACGCUGCUUCAUCGGACUCUGAUGACAACGACAGUAACAUAACUCACGUGGCAGCUUCAUCGAGAAUUCCUCCUCUUACUACAAGUUCUGGUGAUCAUAUACAAUUUGCCGACAAUCUAUCGCCGCGAAGUGCUGGUAGAGACAGUGUGUCUAUCUAUCAACGUAAUGAAAACACAGAACGCGAACGACGACCUUCAGAUGCAUCUGUAGCUGACAGCGAUGAAUCCGAAGACUUCCUUCUACACUGGAAGAAGAUUCUUGGCAGUCACAAUACGAGCAAGAGAGGACAGUUCUACGAUCUUUCAUCUGACGAGCGUGAAGCUCUCGGUGGUUGUGAGUACCGUGCACUCAAGGUCAUGUCUGUCACUGUCCCCCUUUAUGGAUUUGCCUGGCAGGCCAUAUGCGGCAUUGCACUUGGUGCUUGGAUAAACAACAACCGGCCAUCUGCAGCGACCGUGAAUGAUGUGAACCCUUGGUGGUGCGGCUUCUUCCUCUCAGCUUCAGCCUUUAACAAUGCAGGCAUGUCGCUGAAUGACGCAGGCAUGGGUGCUUUCCAGAACGGCUACUUUGUCUUGAUCGUCGUUGGACUCCUUGUUCUGGCUGGCAAUACAGCAUACCCUCUGCUUUUGAGAUUCUUUCUCUGGUGCAGUCUCCGAGUAUUGCAAUUGACGACCCAACCCAAGACACUUGGGCCGUGGAAAGAGACCAUCGAGUUCAUUCUCAAGUACCCCCGUCGUGUAUAUACGACUCUUUUCCCUUCGGGCGCAACCUGGUGGUUGUUUCUUGUAAUCUUCGUCAUUAAUACGAUCGAUUGGGUUGCGUUCGAAGUACUGAACAUCGGCAAUCCUGUCGUGGAGAGCAUGCCCGUAUCUGAUCGCAUUAUUGCUGGAUGGUUUCAAGCAAUUGCUGUUCGUGCUGCCGGCUUCGCUGUGGUUUCUAUCUCAGGUCUUUACCCAGCCGUUCAGUUGCUAUAUAUGAUCAUGAUGUACGUCUCCGUGUAUCCUGUUUCGAUCACGAUGCGUCACUCCAAUGUCUACGAAGAGCGAUCCCUUGGUAUCUACGAGGACGACCCGCAGGUUUUGGAAGCAGAGAACGGAACUGGCCAUCUGCCCCCGAUCGCAGAAGCACCUGAAAAACCGGCGCUGCGCCGAAGAGUUACGGCCGCGGCUCAGAAAACCGUCAAGAAAUCUAUGACCUUUCAUGGUGUUGGCGUGCGUCCUCCGCCUAAGGGACCCGAUGACAACUCUCGCAUCUCUUUCAUUGGACAGCAGAUACGUGGACAGCUCGCCCACGAUCUGUGGUGGCUCAUUCUCCCUGUCAUUAUCAUCAUGAUCAUCGAGACCGACCAUUUCCUCGAGCAGCCUCUUGCCUACAGUGUCUUCAAUGUGCUGUUCGAGGUGGUUUCUGCCUACGGAUGCGUUGGACUAUCUGUAGGAGCACCAGGUCAAAACUACAGUCUGGCCGGAGGGAUGCACCGGGGGAGCAAAUUCGUCCUGUGUUUGGUAAUCCUUCGAGGUCGACACCGCGGUCUUCCAGUUGCAUUGGACAAGGCUGUGCGAUUGCCAGGAGAGAAGCUGGCUCGCGAAGAGGAAGAAGACUCCAAGAUCAGAAGAACAAACACCAUGUUCAGGAUGGCCAGCCGAGAAUCUAGGGCCAUAUAG